UCCUUCGCUUGGAAGGAACCACCACCGAGAGCCGGAGGUGCCGGUUGCCUGGUUUUCCUCACUCAUGUGAAGUUGUCCAUUGGGAUCUUUGUGUAUUCUACUUGCUCUACCCGAGCCCAGGAUGGAAGGACCAUGCAGUGGUUUGCUUCCCAUUGAGCUGGUCAGGGUCUCUUCCAGUGCCUGAAUGGUUCUUCCUCCAGUAGCCUCCACCGAGAAGAGGGCUCCAGGCUGUGAAACCUCCAACGUCUCCCAUUACAACGAUGGCACUGCUGAAAGUCAAGUUCAACCAGAAGAAAAGGGUAAAACUCGCCCAGGGCCUAUGGCUCAUGAACUGGUUUUCGGUGUUUGCCGGGAUCCUUGUGUUUAGCAUGGGAUUGUUCCUCAAAAUCGAGCUCCGCAAGCGAAGCGAAGUGAUGGACAAUUCUGAAAGCCACUUUGUGCCCAAUUCCCUGAUACUGAUGGGUAUAUUAUCCUGCGCCUUCAAUGGGUUUGCUGGCAAAAUCUGUUACGACUCUCUGGAUCCCACUAAGUUUGCCAAGUGGAAGCCUUUGCUGAGACCUUACCUGGCUCUCUGCUUCCUCUUUAACAUCCUCCUCUUCUUCGUUGCCCUGGUUUGCUUCCUCAUGCGGGGCUCUCUGGAGAGCACCCUGGCCCAGGGGCUCAAGAAUGGCAUGAAGUUCUACCGGGACACAGACACACCAGGAAGAUGCUUCAUGAAGAAGACCAUUGACAUGCUCCAGAUCGAGUUCAAGUGCUGUGGGAACAAUGGAUUCAAGGACUGGUUUGAAAUCCAGUGGAUCAGCAAUAGAUACCUGGACUUCAGCUCCAAGGAGGUGAAAGACCGCAUCAAGAGCAACGUGGACGGCAGGUACCUGGUGGACGGUGUCCCCUUCAGCUGCUGCAACCCCAGCUCACCCAGACCCUGCAUCCAGUACCAGGUCACCAACAACUCCGCUCACUACAGCUAUGACUACCAAACAGAGGAGCUCAACCUCUGGCGCCGCGGCUGCCGGGAAGCCCUCCUGCAUUACUACAGCAGCAUGAUGAGCUCCAUGGGUGCUGUUGUCCUCCUCGUCUGGCUCUUUGAGAUGUCGGUGAUGGCUGGCCUGCGUCUGCUGCACACCUCCUUGGAGAGCAUCCCAAACCCUGAGGAUCCCGAGUGUGAAAGCGAAGGAUGGAUCCUGGAGAACAGCCUGAAGGACACCCUGAAAUCUGCACUGGAGAGCUUGAAAAAGCUGGGUAAGUUCAACCAGGUGGAAGCAGAAGGAGAAGGGGCCGAAGGAGAGGAAGGUGGGAAGACAACAGCCAUCACAACCGUCAGUUGA